GGAGGAGGAGGAGGAGAGGGAGGAGGAAGCAGCGGCGGAGGAGGGAAGCCUUUGGGGGUUGGUCAAGGGAAGUGCGACGUGUCUUCCCAGCCUUUUUAAAGCUCCUUCCCCGCUGCUUGCCCGGCUUCCUUCCGUCAGUCCGCCAGUCCUCCCUCCUCGGGGACCCAGCGAGUCCGGCCGCCAGUGCUGCCAUCCCGCCCGCGCCCGUCCCGCCGCCGCCGCCGCCGCCGCCGCCGCCCGCGCCCCCCCGCAGCAUGUCCGGGAUCAAGAAGCAAAAGACGGACGCCCAGCAGAAAUCCACAAAUGUGGUCUAUCAGGCUCACCACGUGAGCAGGAACAAGAGAGGCCAGGUCGUUGGGACCAGGGGAGGAUUUCGAGGCUGUACCGUGUGGCUAACCGGGCUCUCCGGUGCUGGAAAAACAACCAUCAGCUUCGCUCUGGAGGAGUACUUGGUGUCCCACGCCAUCCCUUGCUACUCCCUAGAUGGAGACAACGUGCGCCACGGUCUCAACAAGAACCUCGGCUUCUCCGCCGGCGACCGAGAAGAAAACAUCCGCCGGAUUGCCGAGGUGGCCAAGCUCUUUGCCGACGCGGGGCUGGUUUGCAUCACCAGCUUCAUCUCCCCGUUUGCAAAGGACCGGGAGAAUGCGCGGAAGAUUCAUGAGUCGGCGGGUCUCCCCUUCUUUGAAGUCUUUGUUGACGCCCCUCUGAACAUCUGUGAAAGCAGAGAUGUGAAAGGCCUCUACAAGAAAGCCAGAGCUGGGGAAAUCAAAGGGUUCACGGGAAUUGACUCUGAAUACGAAAAACCAGAAACCCCUGAGCUGGUCGUGAAGACCAACUUGUCGUCCGUGAAUGACUGUGUGCAGCAGGUGGUGGACUUGCUCCAGGAGCAGACCAUCGUGCCUCACUCCGCAGUCAAAGGCAUCCACGAGCUUUUCGUGCCUGAAAACAAACUGGACACGGCCCGGGCUGAAGCCGAGAAGCUGCCUUCCUUAUCCAUCACCAAGUUGGAUUUGCAGUGGGUCCAAGUGCUGAGCGAAGGCUGGGCCACACCGCUCAAGGGCUUCAUGAGAGAGAAGGAGUUUCUGCAGGUGCUGCACUUUGACACGCUGCUGGACGGCGUGGCCCUUCCUGACGGCGUCAUCAACCUCAGCAUUCCCAUCGUGCUCCCCGUCUCCGAGGAUGACAAGAAGCGCCUCCAAAGCUGCAGCGAGUUCGCUCUGGAAUACGAGGGGCGGAAGGUGGCCAUCCUGAGAGACCCAGAGUUCUACGAGCAUAGGAAGGAGGAGCGAUGCGCCCGCAUCUGGGGGACCACCUGUGCCCAGCACCCCCACAUCAAGAUGGUGAUGGAGAGCGGGGACUGGCUGGUUGGCGGAGACCUCCAGGUCCUGGAGAGGGUCCGCUGGAACGACGGCCUGGACCAGUACCGCCUCACGCCCCUGGAGCUCAAGCAGCGCUUUAAGGAGAUGAAUGCAGAUGCCGUGUUCGCGUUCCAGCUGCGCAAUCCCGUGCACAACGGCCACGCGCUCCUGAUGCAGGACACGCGGCGGCGCCUCCUGGACAGAGGCUACAAGCACCCGGUCCUCCUGCUGCACCCCCUGGGCGGCUGGACCAAGGAUGACGACGUCCCGCUCCAGUGGCGCAUGAAGCAGCACGCGGCCGUGCUGGAGGAGGGCGUCCUGGACCCCAAGUCCACCAUCGUGGCCAUCUUCCCCUCUCCGAUGCUCUACGCGGGCCCCACCGAGGUUCAGUGGCACUGCCGCUGCCGAAUGAUAGCGGGGGCCAACUUCUACAUCGUGGGCCGGGACCCUGCGGGAAUGCCCCAUCCCGAGACCAAGAAAGACCUUUAUGAGCCCACUCAUGGGGGCAAGGUGCUGAGCAUGGCCCCGGGGCUCACGUCCGUGGAAAUCAUCCCUUUCCGCGUGGCUGCCUACAACAAGACCCAGAAAUCCAUGGCCUUCUAUGACCCAGCAAGACACAAUGAAUUUGACUUCAUCUCAGGAACCCGGAUGAGGAAGCUCGCCCGGGAAGGAGAGAAUCCUCCCGACGGCUUCAUGGCCCCCAAGGCCUGGCAGGUGCUCACGGACUACUACAGGUCCCUGGAGAAGAACUAGGCCCCGGGCCCUCUGCUCGGCCCCCCAGGAGGGAACAAGUGCUCUUCUUCAUCUUUCUGCUUUUGUGAUUAGAGGCUGAGUAGUCGUGCUACUUCCCGACUUUGAGGGACCCUUUCUGCCCAGGUCCCCGGUGGGCUGACAUUCUGGAAGAUCGGCCCGGCCCCAGACCUUGUCCACUGCCCAUCUGUGUCUCUGCUCUUUUAUGACCAGCCAGAGAAGCCCGAGCCCCCUCCCCAAAGGCCCAGAUGCUGUCCUGGGUGCUGAGCAGGGCCCGGGCCAAAAAUCUGCCUGAGCCAAAAAACAUGCUGGCCCGGUGGGACCAAAGGUGUGUGUGUGUGUGUGUGUGUGUGUGUGUGUGACAGUAUGUGUGUGUGUGUGUGUGUGAGUGAUUGUGUGUGUGUGUGAUUGUGUAUCUGACUGUGUGUGAUUGUGUGUGUGUGUGUGUGUGAUUGGGAGUAUGACUGUGUGACUAUGAGUAUGAGAGUGUGUGAUUGUGUGUGUGACUGUGUGUGUGUUAUUGUGUGUGUCUGACUAUGAGUAUAUGAGUAUGUGUGAGUGUGUGUGUGACCCUGUGUGUGUGUGUGGUCUCAGACCUGCCUGCUGCCUUUUCUGGAACUCCGACCCCCCCCAAAGAGCCAUGAUGUCCCCAAGGUCCUUCAGCUGCCCAAAGGUCCCCUGCUCCGAAUCCCUCUUUCUACAGAUGAGGAAACUGAGGCCAGAGAAGGGCCCCCCAAAGUCAGACUGUGGGUGCCUCUGUACCAGAGGGGGCUCCUGAGCCAUGCUGCACAGUGGGCUCAGAUGUGAAUACAAAUGGAUUCUCUGGCCCCAUUUUGGCUUAGAAAUUAUUUUCUUUUGUUUUUAUUGUAUUUUAUUCUGGCCCGACAAGCACCGUGUAGGCAGCGGGUCUGGCGACUCUAUGGUGUCCUCCCCAUGCCUUUAUCCUUCCAGAGGAGCCUGAGGCUCACAAAGGGCCUUGCUGGCCUUCAGAGGAGCAGGAGACACGGCUUGUCUCCCAACGUCCGCUCCAGGGAGUCCAUCUUUGUCACAAAAAGAGCCCUCCUAGCUCUGAGAGCAGCCGCUCGUCCCCUUGCUGUUGCUUUUGGUUUGUGCAAAGAGAGAUGGGGACGAGAAAGGGGAUCCUGGGACUUCUCUGGUUUCCCGCACGUCUUUUCCAAACCUGAGCCUUGGUCUCUGCAAGUUCUCACCACAAGGUGCCUCGUUGCAAGCCCCACCAGCUGCCCGCUCGUGCUUCCACGCCGCCAUUUCUCAGUAGGAACUGCUGGCCUGCUUUUUCUGGUAGCAUAUUUAUUAAAACCAUGAGAAUGGGUUGAGUGCCUUCGCCACCGUAGCUCACGGCGUCACAGUCCUGAAGUAGGCGCCAAUUGCUCUUGCAGCCCUCCAUGCCAAUGAAUACUCCUAUACGCAGAUGAUCGCUUUUUCGUACUUUAAUAAACAUCUUGCAAACGGAA